AUGUUAAGGUGCAUCAAGAGCGAAAGUGGCAACAAGGCCAUUGAGGUUGGCGUGAUUCCGGCUGACAAAGCAGAAGAGGCCAACUUCCUCUUCGAAGGGUCCGACUGCGGGGUCAAGUCGAACGGGACUAAGGGCGGCUCCGACAAGACUGUCUUCGACAUCUACAUGAAGUACAUUGAGGUCAUCGCUGACCUCGACACUCGCGUGGCGAAGGCCCCUUCUCGAGCAUCGGUGUACAGAUUCUUCCUGGCGCGUUCACAUCUCAAAUGCGUCAAUAGCCCGGGCCAAGGGAUGGGCAACCCAAAACUGGGCGUGGCUUAUAAGCUGGGAUCUCCGUAG